AUGAAUGCGAAAAAGUUUAACAAGGAGAACAAUACUAGGGAACCCAGAUGGGUGCGAUGGGGAAAACCCCCAGAGGGUCAUUUUACACUCAAUACAAACGGUGCUUGCAGCAGAUCUUCAGGAACCACUGGGGUCGGAGGUAUGAUAAAGAACGAAAAGGGUGAGUGGAUUACCGUCGCGAAAUCGUUGAAGCUGAGGAAUCUGAUAAUGGAGAUGGAUUCACGAGAAGCCAUUGGGGCCCUCCAGGAUGAAGGUUUAGAAGACCCACAACAAAGAACCAUCGUCGAGGAAUGUAGAAAUAUAAUGCAAGAAAUCGGGGAGAAGGAGAUUAAACAUAUUUUGACAGAGAACAAUAGAUGCGCUGAUUGGCUAGCCAAACUUGCCAUAAGCGACGAAGAGGGAGAAGGGGAUUUCCCAGAACCGCCUGCUAAUAUUCGACAAUUAUUAGAUUCUGAUAGGAAAGAAGAAGAAACCCUAAGAAUGUAA